AUGUCGAAAGAUGCCAUCUUGCCAAUCCAUGGGGCAGUCCCCAGUGAACCGGCCCCUCGACGCUCUUCCGGCCGCACCAUCCUGAUCUCUGUGGUCACUUGCGUCUUGAUCCUGUCGCUCUUCAACUACGGAAGUGUUGUCUCAACGAUCAACAAGGGCCUGGUGGUCUGCAAGGGUCAGUCCCACAACCUGGAAUACUCAGACGCGAUGGCUAACCUUUCCGAAGAUGCCACCGAGACUACGGCAAAUGCAUUCCACCACUCUGAGGUGGACUCGAACACUAGUAACCAGGACUCCCUCUUCCUUGCUCGUCGGAACGAUGCCUCACCUCAGGAGAGCACAGCUGUCUCUACUGAUGGCCGCUCUGGAUACAACCGGCGUGAAGAGACGGACGGGCGUUCCGGCUACAACAGUGUGACGGAUGGACGAUCUGGUUACAACCGUCGCGAGGAAGAAGAUGGGCGAUCCGGAUACAACAGCGUGACUGACGGACGAUCUGGAUACAACCGACGUGAAGAGGAAGAUGGUCGGUCAGGCUACAACAGUGUUACUGACGGCCGCUCUGGAUAUAACCGGCGUGAAGAGACGGACGGGCGCUCCGGCUACAACAGUGUGACGGAUGGCCGUUCCGGUUACAACCGUCGCGAGGAAGAAGAUGGACGUUCCGGAUACAACAGUGUUACUGACGGCCGCUCUGGAUAUAACCGGCGUGAAGAGACGGAUGGACGUUCUGGUUACAACAGCGUUACUGAUGGACGCUCUGGAUACAACCGUCUCACUUGA